AUGGCCAUUACCGCGAAGAUGGCUCCCAUACAGAUUAAGGCCUCCUUGCCGUCUCUACCUCCUGACUGGUCCGCCGAUAAGGACUUCAAGGCCAUUUCCUCACUCAGCCAACCCACCAACCGCUCCCUCGAACCGGUAGGCCCACAUUUCCUCGCCCACGCCCGCCGCAAGCGCCACCAUCGCACUUUCAGCGAAGACGAACGCCUCGAAGCGCUCCGCAGCACGAAGAAGACCGAAGACGAAGAUGCCGGCGAGAUCUCCGAGGCCGAGGAUCCCAUGCUCCUGCAGCGCGAGGCCAAGGACUGGAAGACACAGGAUCAUUAUGCGGUAUUAGGGUUAAGCAAGUACAGGUACAAGGCCACUGAAGAGCAGAUCAAGAGGGCGCACAGGAAGAAGGUGCUACGCCAUCAUCCUGACAAGAAGGCUGCGUCCGGCAAAGAUGAGGGCGAUCAAUUCUUCAAGUGUAUUCAGCGUGCUACAGACAUCCUUCAAGACCCUGUCAAGCGCAGGCAAUUCGACAGUGUAGAUGAAGGAGCGGAGAAGGAACCACCGAACAAGAAAGACGUGCAGAAGAAACCUGGCAACUUCUACAAGUUAUGGGCGCCUGUGUUCGAGGCUGAGGGCCGCUUCUCUCGAUCUCAGCCCGUACCGCAGUUGGGUAAUGACAAGUCCACCAAGCAAGAAGUGGAGGAGUUCUACAAUUUCUGGUACAAUUUCGACUCCUGGCGCUCCUUUGAGUAUCUGGACGAGGAGGUACCAGACGACAACGAGAACCGCGACCAGAAGCGUCACCAAGAACGUAAGAACAAUAAUGCACGCAAGAAGCGCAAGGUCGAGGACUCGCAGCGUCUGCGCGUACUGGUAGACGAUGUGAUGGGCCAGGACGAGCGAAUCAAGCGGUUCAGGCACGAGAGCAGUAAGCAGAAGAACGCGAAGAAAGUGGAGCGCGAGGCAGCAGAGAACAGAGCCAAGGAGGAAGCAGCGGCGAAGAAAGCAGAGGCUGAGAAAGCGGCGAAGGACAAGGAGGUAGCUGAGAAGGCUUCGCGUGAGGAGGGUAAAAAGGCCAAGGAGGCGGCGAAGAAUGCUGCCAAGAAGAAUAAGAGGGUUGUGCGUGGUGCGGUGAAAGAUGGGAACUAUUUUGUUGGUGGCGAGGCCGGGCCGAAGGAGAUCGAUACUGCGUUGAAUGAUGCUGAUGCGUUGAUUUUGAAGUGGGAUAAUGAGGAGUUGGCGGUUGUGACUAGUAGGUUGAAUGGGAAGAGUGAUAAGGGUGAGAUCAAGGCGAUUUUUGUCGAGGAGGUGAAGAAGUUGGUUGAGGCUGGGAAGGUCAAGGAGGGGGAUAUGAAGAGUUUGGCUGCUUGA